UCUCUUUAUAAGCCCGCAGUGCCCGGAUGUGAAUGGAUUACAAUGUAUCUUUCAGGGAAACCUAUUAUUAUCAAUGUGACUCCACGGGGGAGUCAAUGGUGAUGAUGAUGAGGAGGAGGAUGAUGAUGAUGAGACACCUCUAAACUUGGAACAAGUUUAAGACUUUAUAAGAGGAGAAGAAAAAAACCCAACAAGAUUUGUUUGAGGAAAUAUUAUAACUAUCCUGUGUUGAUAAUUUUUUUUAUAAACAAUAAGAAAAAGUUGUUGGAUUUUUUUUAAUGAUUUAUUUUUUGGGGGAGGUAAUUUUGUUGCAGUUUUAUGGUGGAAAAUGCAAAUACCAGAGCCAGGUGCAUAAUCUUGUAAUCUGUGGAUAUCCCUGGAGCAGGACUGAGUACUACUUAAAAUACUUUUUUGGGGGAUACACAUGUGAGAUACUAAGUACUUGCAGAAGAUUUUUGUUUCUCUCUUUAAAGUCUCUUUCCUUGGAAUAUUGUGAGCAUAUUUGUGGCCAUUUAAGGUUUGUGUGAUUUUGCUAAAAUGCAUCACCAACAGCGAAUGGCUGCCUUAGGGACGGACAAAGAGCUGAGUGAUUUACUGGAUUUCAGUGCGAUGUUUUCACCUCCUGUGAGCAGUGGGAAAAAUGGACCAACUUCUUUGGCGAGUGGACAUUUCACUGGCUCAAAUGUAGAAGACAGAAGUAGCUCAGGGUCCUGGGGGAAUGGAGGACAUCCAAGCCCAUCCAGGAACUAUGGAGAUGGGACUCCGUAUGACCACAUGACCAGCAGGGACCUUGGGUCACAUGACAAUCUCUCUCCACCUUUUGUCAAUUCCAGAAUACAAAGUAAAACAGAAAGGGGCUCAUACUCAUCUUAUGGGAGAGAAUCAAACUUACAGGGUUGCCACCAGCAGAGUCUCCUUGGAGGGGACAUGGAUAUGGGCAAUCCAGGAACCCUUUCGCCCACCAAACCUGGCUCCCAGUACUAUCAGUAUUCUAGCAAUAACCCCCGACGGAGGCCUCUUCACAGUAGUGCCAUGGAGGUGCAGACAAAAAAAGUUCGAAAAGUUCCUCCAGGUUUGCCAUCUUCAGUCUAUGCUCCAUCAGCAAGCACUGCCGACUACAAUAGGGACUCGCCAGGCUACCCUUCCUCAAAGCCAGCAGCCAGCACUUUCCCUAGCUCCUUCUUCAUGCAAGAUGGCCAUCACAGCAGUGACCCUUGGAGCUCCUCCAGUGGGAUGAGUCAGCCUGGCUACGGAGGCAUGUUGGGCAAUUCUUCUCAUAUUCCACAGUCUAGCAGCUACUGCAGCCUGCAUCCACAUGAGCGUUUGAGCUAUCCAUCACACUCCUCAGCAGACAUCAAUUCCAGUCUUCCUCCGAUGUCCACUUUCCACCGUAGUGGCACAAACCACUACAGCACCUCCUCCUGCACGCCUCCUGCCAACGGGACGGACAGCAUCAUGGCAAAUAGAGGAAGCGGGGCAGCAGGCAGCUCCCAGACUGGAGACGCUCUGGGGAAAGCACUUGCUUCGAUCUAUUCUCCAGAUCACACUAACAACAGCUUUUCAUCAAAUCCUUCAACUCCUGUUGGCUCUCCUCCUUCUCUCUCAGCAGGCACUGCUGUUUGGUCAAGAAAUGGAGGUCAGGCCUCAUCAUCUCCCAAUUAUGAAGGACCCUUGCACUCCUUGCAAAGCCGAAUUGAAGAUCGUUUAGAAAGACUGGAUGAUGCGAUUCAUGUUCUCCGGAAUCAUGCAGUGGGCCCAUCCACAGCUGUGCCUGGUGGUCAUGGAGACAUGCACGGGAUCAUUGGACCUUCUCAUAAUGGAGCAAUGGGUGGUCUGGGCUCAGGGUACGGAACCGGCCUUCUUUCAGCCAACAGACAUUCACUCAUGGUGGGGGCCCAUCGUGAAGAUGGCGUGGCCCUGAGAGGCAGCCAUUCUCUUCUGCCAAAUCAGGUUCCGGUUCCACAGCUUCCUGUCCAGUCUGCAACUUCCCCUGACUUGAACCCACCCCAGGACCCUUACAGAGGCAUGCCACCAGGACUUCAGGGGCAGAGUGUCUCCUCCGGCAGCUCUGAGAUCAAAUCUGACGAUGAGGGUGAUGAGAACCUGCAAGACACAAAGUCUUCUGAGGACAAGAAAUUAGACGACGACAAGAAGGAUAUCAAAUCAAUUACUAGGUCAAGAUCUAGCAAUAAUGACGAUGAGGACCUGACUCCAGAGCAGAAGGCAGAACGCGAGAAGGAGCGGAGAAUGGCCAACAACGCCCGGGAGCGCCUGCGGGUCCGAGACAUCAACGAGGCUUUCAAGGAGCUCGGCCGCAUGGUGCAGCUCCACCUCAAGAGUGACAAGCCUCAGACCAAGCUCCUGAUCCUCCACCAGGCCGUGGCUGUCAUCCUCAGCCUGGAGCAGCAAGUCCGAGAAAGGAAUCUGAAUCCGAAAGCAGCAUGUCUGAAAAGAAGGGAGGAAGAGAAGGUGUCCUCGGAGCCUCCCCCACUCUCCUUGGCUGGCCCGCACCCCGGAAUGGGAGAUGCAUCCAAUCACCUGGGACAGAUGUGAAAGGGUCCAAGUUGCCACAUUGCUUCAUUAAAACAAGAGACCACUUCCUUAACAGCUGUAUUAUCUUAAACCCACAUAAACACUUCUCCUUAACCCCCUUUUUUGUAAUAUAAGACAAGUCUGAGUAGUUACGAAUCACAGACGCAAGAGGUUUCAGCAUUCCCAAUUAUCAGAAAACAGAAAAACAAACAAAAAAAAAAAAAAAGAAAGAAAAAAGUGCAACUUGAGGGACGACUUCUUUAACAUAUCAUUCAGAAUGUGCAAAGCAGUAUGUACAGGCUGAGACGCAGCCCAGAGACUGAAUGGCAAUCUUUCCACACUGUGGAACAAUGCAUUUGUGCCUAAACUUCUUUUGGAAAAAAAAAAAAUAUAAUUAAUUUGUAAGUCUGAAAAAAAUAUUUAAUUUAAAAAAAAUUGUAAACUUGCAAUAAUGAAAAAGUGUACUUCUGAAGAAAAACUACAUGAACGUUUUUGUUGGUAUUCAAGUCAGCUAGUGUUUAUUAUUACUGGAUAUUGAAUAGGGGGAGCUCGGCUGCCCUAGUCACAAAACCAGCAAACGUCCUGAUGACAAGAAGUGAUGACAUUAGCCAUUCCUUAGGGUAGGAGGAACAGAUGGAUCUUAUAGACCUAUGACAAAUAUAUAUAUAAAUAUAUAUAUAAAUAUAUAUUAAAAAUUUAGUGACUAUGGUAAGCUUUUGUUCAUUUGUUUCAGACUUUUUUUUCUCCUGUAAAAAAAUAGUACUGAUUAACUUUUUUAAAAGAAAGAUUUUACUGUAAAUAUGGAUUUUUUUGGGGGGGGCGGGGGGGUCUUAUUUCUGUCCCUUUCCCCAGUUUGUUACCAUAACCUGUAGUGCCAACUCUGCUUCUGGAGGGGCAGUGCAGGAGGAAAGGCUGACCCUGAUGUUGCUUCUCAUUCAUAAAUAAGUAAGAAAGUCGUUUCUCCAGUCUUUUGGGAACACAGGACUUAAAAGUCACAUCAUGUGUAGAUAUUACAAGCAGCAUUACCAAGACAUGGCAAAACUGUUGUCUUGACUUGUAAUGUUGCAUUUGUGACCCUAUUCUGGGAUUUUCAGAGGUACAAGGUUAGAAUGCUACAAUGUUACCACUGUGCCUUCCAAUGUUUAUAUCAUCGGAAACAUAACAUAAUCAAAGUGGCUGUGAUUUAACAAAACGAUUAAAGUGUUACCUACCUGUGUAGCCGGAGUAGUGUGCAGUGAGGCGUUUCUGAAUACAUGGUCAGAUUUUUGGAAAAAAAAAAAAAAACACACAAAAAAACAAAAACAAAAAAAAAUGAAGUUCAAAAACCGUCAAAUGAGAAAAUUGCAAGUAGUGUGACAGAGCUGAUUGAUUUUGUUGCUUUCUUGAUUUUUUUUCAAAAUGGGUUUACUAAAAUGUAGAUGACUUAACUAACCUGCCUCCUCCUUCGUCUGAAAAAUGCCAAUAUUCAGUCAUCCUGCAGCAUUAUAAUAAGCCUUAUAAGUCCUAAAGCAUUAAGUUGCACUUUUUUGAGGAGGGGUAGUGCAGUAUUUCUCUGGCCAGUAUGAAUGAAGUUUAUACUUAACCAUAUUUGAUAGAAACGUAGACCAAGCUAUGGCACAGCAACUCAUCAGAUAGCUAGCUUUGACGUCUGGGCACAAUUGAACCAAUUUCCAUCGUAAAUCUUUCUAAUGAUUGACUUUGGUGUAUAGUGCAGUAAACAAAUAGUGCUCCUAGUUAAGUAUUUGUCAGCAUCCUUUCGUGUCUAACUCGUUUCUAUUUUUACAGCCACACAAUCUUGGCAUGUAUUAAGAAAAAAAAAAAACAAUCCCUGUUCAAGUAGUUUUUCCACCUAUCAGCACUGAGUAAAUGCCAUAAAUCCAUCGAAAUGGUCUAAAUGUUCCAUCUGUUCUCCUGUUUUGCCAGUUAUAUAGUAAUGAAAUACAUUUGUAAAUUUUAUGCAACAAAUGGCAAACGUAUCCUUAUUUUGAAAUUGUGUAUGUAAAAGUUAUAUUUUUACAUGUAGACUCUUGUUAUUAUGUGUUUUAAUACAUUGUAUCGGUUUUUGUUUUUCUAAACUGUGUGGUUUUAAAAAAAAAGUCUCAUUUAAAUGAUAUAGUGAGCUACAAGAAUCUGAAUUUUAUGUUCAUUUCUGAAAAUGUAAGAACAAAUAAGAUAGUUACCACGUGGUCAUCUUUAUAAACCCAUAAACAUUUUGAUUAGCUGUGUGUGUGUGUUGAAAACUGUAAAUAUGUUCAGUAGCGAUAAAACUAAAAUACUUUGAUUUGUUGAUAAGUUCCUACAAUGUGGAGGUGGAUUAAAACCUUAGGAGAAUAGCAGAAAUCAGACUUCAUGAAAAGUUUUUCUGGGGCUUUCCUGAGAAUCGUUCUAACAAAGGAGCUCAAAAAAGGGUAUGGAAGACAAUAAUGUAUACUCUCCCCUCCUCCUGGAAUAAUGAAAACCAUGUGAACUUGUUCCCUCAGUAUGUUAAAGAUUUCCUUUUAGUGGUCCAUUCUGCACUCAUUUUGUAUAGUCUCAAGGCGGGUAUCCCUAGGAACAAUAUUAUAUAGGAAGCAGGUAUACUCUGAUCACAUUCAGGAUAAGUGUACAGAAGGGAAUAUGGUGUUUACUCUUUAGGGAACUGGAAGCUCCCUGCAUUGAUGUACAUGUUCAGAGGGCACUUUUGAUACAUGUUAUCAGAAAGGUGCUUCAUAGAGCUGAAUUAAAGUUUUUCAGAUCUGUAAACAAAGCAAAACAUUAAAUUGUAGUCAUUUGGUUAUUUUUUAAAUUGGUGCUUUAUAUUUUGUUCUCAAUCAAACCGAGGAAAAGCUGCAAUUUCUUGUUCACCAGCUUUGAUGUAUUCAUUACUCCGUAAUGUAAUACCUCUAUUGUGGAAUUCCCUUUGGGCAGAAGUGAAAAACUUCCUAACGGCCACCAGAAGCUGCUCGCUGCUCUUUGCUUGGUGGAGAAACAUGAUCUGCACCUCUCCAUAGUAAUUGGGUGGUAUCCCCUGUUUUAAAAAAGAAAGAAAAAGAAGAAGAAGAAGAAGAAAGGGAACGUGGCCUUUUUAGUGUGUUUUUAUUUUUGGUUUUUUGGGUUUUGUUUUUUUCAUUGUUUUGUAAUUUUCAAACCCAGGUAAGAUAUUGGUAUCCUGCACUGGAUUUUUGAAUAAAAUUUAGCAGAAGACAGUUAGGAUUAAAGAAUAUACAAAAAACAAUGUCUAAAAGGUCCAUACUGCACCAGGCAUGCAUAUAUAUUUUAUAUAUAUGAAUGAUGCUUAGACUGGGGAUCGGUUUAAGAAACUUGGACUUUGAAAGCAACUUGGAACAGUUGAUCCACCUCCACAUUCGAGUGAUUUAUAAUAUGCAGAAUAGGGAUCUGUUCAUCUAGAAAUCCUUACCAUUUGUCUUCGUGUAGCUGCAAGGAACACUAAUGUGUAUACAACAGUCCACCAGUGGUGCAACUGGUUCUCAUUCAGUCUUCCGAUUCCUUUAAUUUUGUUGUUGUUUUUUGAUUUGAUUUUUUUUCCUAUCUCUUGAAUUUUUUUUUUAUUCGUGAUCUUUAUUUUGAUGAGGGGUUGGGGAGCGGGGAGGGAAUCGAAUCGAGACUUGGGGUUAUGAGGAUUUUCGUCUUUGCAUCCAACAGGCAAAUAUGAUGUGUCCAAAAGUGAACUUGAGUCAGGAAUGAAACAAUUUCAGCAUAAACAAGCACAAAAAUUUAGUCUGCUGGCUGACUGGAAGCAAAAGAGUCAAGAUGGAAUUUGAUGAAUUCCAACACAAUGGGGCACCAGGGCCUUUAGGCCUCUUUAUUUUGCUUUGGUUUUAUUUGUUUUCUUUAGAGACAUGCUCCUUCUCACGGGACUUGAAGUGGACUCAUCUUUGUGCAGUGCUGGUUUUUGCCAUACUCAUUUCAAGUAUUAUAGACAUAUGUAAUGGUGAAAAUAUAUGAACUGUGGCCUUUUUCAUUCUUGUUACUUGUGAUGCAAUUAAGUGAAGAUAAGAAAAAAAAAAAGCAGAGAUUUACCAUGUAUCAGUGCCUGGCUUUUUGUUAUAAAGCUUUGUUUGUCUAGUGCUCUUUUUGCUAUAAAAUAGACUGUAGUACACCCUAGUAGGAAAAAAAAACUAAAUUUAAAAAUAAAAAAUAUAUUUGGCUUAUUUUUCGCAGGAGCAAUCCUUUUAUACCAUGAAUAUUACAAAAAAAAAAUUUGUCAGAUUCUGAAUAUUUCUUCUUUGUAGAUUUUUGGAAUCAUUAUGAGUAAAAGUUUGUUACUUUAUUUUACUAUUUAAAAGAUGUUAUUUUACCAUGUGUUACCAAGAUGAAACUGUAUGGUAGCUUUUUUUCGUUUUUUAAUUUUUUUAAUUUUUUUUUGUUUUUUGUUUUUGUUUUUGUUUCUGUUUUUGUUUUAGUUGUAGGUCGCAGUGGGGAAAUUUUUUUGCGACUGUACACAUAGCUGCAGCAUUAAAAACUAAAAAAAAAUUAUUAAAAAAAGAAAAAAAGGGAAAACGUUUAAAAAAAAAAAAGAUAAAACAGUUACACCUUGUUUUCAAUGUGUGGCUGAGUGCCUCGAUUUUUUCAUGUUUUUGGUGUAUUUCUGAUUUGUAGAAGUGUCCAAACAGGUUGUGUGCUGGAGUUCCUUCAAGACAAAAACAACCCAGCUUGGUCUAGGCCAUUACCUGUUUUCCCAUCUGUAGUUAUUCGAUGAAGUCAUGUACAUGACCGUUCUGUAGCAAUAAAUGUGCCAUUUUUAUAAACUGUUUCUGA